AUGGCAUUUUCUGAACUCCUGGACAGAGUGGGCGGCCUGGGCAGGUACCAGGCUCUCCAGACGGUGGCUCUGGUGCUCCCUAUCAUGUGGCUCGUUUCUCAGACCAUGCUGGAGAACUUCGCGGCGGCCGUGCCCAGCCACCGCUGCUGGGUGUCCCUCCUGGAUAACGGCACCUCCCAGGUCAGUGUCCUGGACCCCGAGACCCUCCUGGCCGUCUCCAUCCCACCCGGCCCCAACCAGGGGCCCCACCAGUGUCGCCGCUUCCGCCAACCACAGUGGCAGCUCCUGGACCCCAACGCCACAGCCACCAACUGGAGCGAGGCGGCCACGGAGCCGUGCCUGGAUGGCUGGGUCUACGACCACAGCACCUUCACCGCCACCAUCGUGACCAAGUGGGACCUGGUGUGUGACUCUCAGGUCCUGAAGCCCAUGGCCCAGUCCAUUUACCUGGCCGGGAUGAUGGUGGGAGCUACCCUCAGUGGCCCAGCCUCAGACAGGUUCGGGCGCAGGCUGGUGCUGACCUGGAGCUACCUUCAGAUGGCCAUGUCGGGUACAGUGGCCGCCUUGGUCCCCACCUUCCCCCUGUACUGCCUGUUCCGUUUCCUGGUGGCCUGUGCCCUCUCGAGCGUCAUGAUGAACACAAGCACCCUCUGUAGGUCCCCGACCUGGUGCCAUGCAGGGGGGUGCUCUUGCGGGCUCCAGGGUGACCCCCUCAGUCUUCUUGCAGUGAUAGAGUGGACGUCGGCACAGGCCCGAGCCUCGGUGAUGACCUUGAACUCUCUGGGCUUCAGCGUAGGCCAGGUCCUGCUGUCUGCAGUGGCCUAUGGCGUGCGGGACUGUUCGAUGCUGCAGCUGUUGAUCUCGGCCCCCUUCUUCCUCUGCUUUGUGUAUUCAUGGUGGCUGGCAGAGUCGGCACAAUGGCUCCUCUCCACUGGCAGGCCUGACCGUGGCCUACAUGAGCUUCGGAGGGUGGCUGCCAUCAACGGGAAGAGGGCAGCAGGGGACACCCUGACCAUCGAGGUCCUGCUCUCAGCCAUGCAGGAGGACUCGAGUGUGGACCAGGCUCCUUCCAGCCUGGGCACCCUGUUCUGCACGCCCGGAUUGCGCCUGCGGACCUGCGUCUCCACACUGUGCUGGUUCGCCUUUGGCUUCACGUUCUACGGCCUGGCCAUGGACUUGCAGGGCCUGGGCAGCAACAUCUUCCUGCUCCAGGUGCUCAUUGGGGUGGUGGACAUCCCAGCCAAGGCAGGCGCCCUGCUGCUGCUGGGCUGCCUGGGCCGCCGCCCCUUGCAGGCCCUGUCGCUGGUGCUGUCGGGGGCCUGCAUCCUGGCCAACACGCUGGUGCCCCACGAGCUGGGGGCCUUACGUUCAGCCCUGGCCGUGAUGGGGCUGGGGUGCAUGGGGUCCGCCUUCACCUGCAUCACCAUCUACAAUGGCGAGCUCUUCCCCACGGUGCUCAGGAUGAGGGCUGUGGGCCUGGGCCAGAUGGCAUCCCGCGGAGGAGCCUUCCUGGGGCCUCUGGUCCGGCUGCUGAGCACGCACGGGCCCUUGCUACCCCUGCUGGUGUAUGGGACGGUGCCAGUGCUGAGUGGCCUGGCCACGCUGCUGCUGCCCGAGACCCGGAAUCUGCCCCUGCCCGACACCAUCCAAGAUGCGCAGAACCAGUGAGUGGAUCAGGCCUGGAACCACUCCUCCCUCCCUCCAGG